GUGGGGGCAAUAAAACCAUAAGCAGACGGAUGGGGAGGAACUGGGCCAGGCACAUAACCCCUGGAUCUUCGACUACAGCACUCCAGAGCACCUGGAUACUGAGAAGGGGACCCAACCAUGAGAAGGCUUUUCCUGAUUACCUGUCUGGUGGCUGCGCUGCUGCAGGAAGCUGGUGCAAUCCCAGCACCCCAGGUGCCUAACAAGACCAAAGGCAAGCAUUGGAUCUCUGAGCAGGACACAGAGAAGUAUGUGGGAAGGACCUGGGGCAAUCACACCUUUCAGCAUCUGGAGAAGGAUGACCAGCUGGUGGAUCUGCUCCAUGUGCCAAAGUCAAAGCCUGCAUUCAUCAAGAAGCCAGGCAACAGUGCCAGGGUGGAGACUGAGGACAUGCUGAGUCGUUUUCGGAGACCCCAGCAGGGUCCUGAGCCUGACCUUGACAGUCUGUAUCAUCCUGCAUCUGAGGAGAUUCAGGUCAAGGAAGAGCCCCUUUUGAGGGCAAUGCUGUCUCGCCAGGUGCUUCGGGGGCCGGAGAAGGAUCUAGACCACAUCUACCACCCUACGGGGGAGUCCUAGGGGGCCUGAACACCCUCACACCCCUCCCCUGAGUUCCAGGCUGUUGGGACUACCAACCCUUUCCAGCUAGAAAAAUAAACAGCUGCAAGCAGAAAGGAAA